AUGGCCCUUGGCCACGAAGGUUCAGGAGUAGUAAAACAGGUUGCAGUGUUUUCGACGACAGAGCAAAAGAGAGCUGAAGCACUCGCAUUCGGAGCAAGUGAAUUUUAUCCUACUAGGGACGUCGGAAAACUUGAGAUUCGUACUCCCAUGGACCAUCUAUUGGUAACGGCCAACGCUCAGCCGGACUGGAGCCUGUAUUUGCCAAUCAUGGCUCCGGAAGGAAUGGUCUAUCUCAUCACAGUGUCUUUUAACAAAAUUGCAGUGCCAGCGAUGGACCUUAUUAUGGGUGGCUUAAGAAAUCAGGGAGGUAUGAUCGCUCCACGUCAAAUCCAUCGUGAAUUGUUGGAAUUUGCAUCUCGCCAUAAUAUCGUUCCCAUAGUGGAAGAAUUUCCACUAACAGCAGCCGGAGCUACAGAGGCGUUUACAAAAGCUCCUUGA